CCAGACUCAAGGAGCAACCAAGACAGCCAGUGGUCCCUACGUUUCCUCUGUCAGCACCAGAAACAUUUCGAGACUCAGAUUCCAAUCGAUUUAGUGAUUCAAUCAACCAACCUAUGUGAAAUCUUACAUGAUCCUGUACAUCCGAGUCCCACCGUCCCUGUCGAGUAUCCGACUAUUUGUACCUAGGUAUCUUCAGCACCACCGUGUCAACAACACCAAGCCUGAACAGCAUCUCCAGCUUCAGCCCCUGCCUGGCCUCUUGCACAUCCAUUGAGCGAACCUGCCAGACCCAGGCUUCGGAGACGCACGGAAAAUGAUCUCGUUACGGGAAAAAUGUCGCCCCAAACACCAAGUACUCAUUCUGAAAUGCUAUCCCAGAACGACCAAAGGCGCAGUGGAUGUCAAGCCCAAUUCCAGCGAGCUCAGCUACCUCCUUUACUAUGCGACCACGCGACGGAGCAAGGUGCAGAAGGUCGGUGCCUUUCUGGAGAAGAAGACAGCUAGCGAUGUUUGGCGGGCAAGAAUAGGGUAUGUCCGGACAGGAAAUGUUGCUUUCAUAACCAAUCGUCGUGGACUUGCUGACCGGUUUGAUAUAUAGAAAUGUUCAAGUCACCUUACAAAUCCUAGAGGGAAUGAUCGAGAAAGCUCCCCGAGACCUCCCAUUGUACGCCAACUAUGUUCUCAAGAUACUUGUCAUUAUAUUGCGCUCGCGCGACAUUACCAUGGUGGAAUCCUCUCUCCCGACGUUCAAAGCAUUCUGCGAUCACCACGAUGGUGCCUCUCUUUCGGCUGACCAGGAAUACCUGCGCCAAUAUGAGGAAAUAGUGAAAUUAUACUCCUCCUUUGCAUCGCCAAACCCACCACUGACGAAGCCUCCAAUCAGUGAGCCAGUCGCAAUACGAUGGAGAAACGUGGGUUUACAAGCAAUCAGUAGUAUUGCUUCCUCCGAAGCGUUGGCCUCGACGGCUGGGAAGCAGCUGAAUGUGAUAAUUCCCAUGGUAUUGGAAAACCUCUGGACCGACAAUGAGGAGUUUGUGGGUAUGUUGGAAACACGGGUACAGGAAGUGCAAACGGACGCAGAAAAGACAAUGCUGAAGCGGAAAGUCAGUAAUGCUACGGUGCAGACAGUCGAUACAGCUGGCGAUCACAAUGCUGCUGCCCUUUCUGCGACAACUGCAGAUGCGGACAAACUUGCAGAGGAAAAUAUUGGAGUUUUGGCCAUGCAAUGCUUGCAACAAAUAUAUACUGUACCUAAUCGAAGCCAGGUACACCAAGCUACGGAAGCAACCUUGGCCUUUGUCGCUGAACACGUAUCCCAAUGUGCAUCAGAAGGUAAGUCAGAUGGCAAUCGAUAUUGUGGAUGGGCAACGAGAAUAUUUGAGAUGGUUGCUCAAUGGACCCCGGUUCAAGAUCGAUAUGUCAUAUUGGUUACUGCAGUGGAGGUCUUGGUACAAAGCCCGGUUGUUGAGGAAAACCUUCAGGAGCAACUGACUCUUGCAACCAUGGUGGACUCCCUACUGAAAUCGGAAACCAUCAACCUUAUCGGGUUGAGUGUGAUGGACGUUCUACUUGGCCUAAUAAAGCAUGUGGUGAAGCUCCUUCAAAUGAAUGGCAAUCCCGCAGAAUCUGGUAAAACUGAAAAAGAAGUCUCGCCCGAGCUGGAUAUCUCGAAACCGAGUCCUUUGAGAAAGGCGCUUUUGGAACGGGUUCAAGACUGUGUGAGUCACUUGGCCACACAUGUUUACUAUGGUGAUCAGAUAUCUGACAUGGUCUCUGCGCUUCUUUUGAGGUUAAAACCUUCGCCAUCUUCCAAUGCGACUACGGCUGCCUCGAUUGAAAAUCCCAACCCUGCUACUUUGAACACCGUUAAUGAAUUGCUGGACGAUAACAGAACUGAUGGAUUCUUUUUGUUUGGCACCGCCAAGGUCAAAGCUCUUGAAGCCGUGACAGCAAUUCUUCUUGUUGCAAGCCACCGAAAGAAUGUGGUUGGUGGAGCAAGUCUUGGGCGAAACCCAGUCCCUAUCAAGGUUUGGGAAGGUACCCAGUGGUUGUUGAGAGAUAGUGAUAUUCGGGUGAGGCAGGCCUACAUUGAUGCGUUUUCGACUUGGUUAGAAACAGAAACUAACAAAGGGCAUCUACGUGUGGCGGAUGAUAAGCCCAAACUAUCACCCAAACUUGCACCUCGGAAUGGUCAAAAUAAUUCUUCUACAAAACUUUCCAAGCGCGUGGUUUCCAACGCGUCCCAAACCGAGAAAAAUACCCAGCCAUCAAAGACAACUUUCUUGGAACUUCUACACCUUGCAAUUUACGAAAAUGCCAUACAACUUGUCGACAGCGAGUCGGACUUUGUUCUCUUGCAUUUCCUACUUGCCAAUCUAGUUGCAAAAUUAGGGGUCAAUGCUGUCAAGAGUGGACUACCCAUGAUUUACCGACUACAAGAAGACAUUUUGGAGGCAGAAACGCCGCUGGCAAAAAUUCGGAUGGGAAGUCUUUGUCAUGGAUAUUUCUGGAUAUUAAGUGAACGCUUCGACUUUGAUACAUCCCCCGUGGGCAGGACAAUACACGAAGAGAUACACCGUCGGCGAAGUAAGAUGUUCUGGGUCGAUCGGGUUUGCAUGCCACCAAUUAACAUCAGCAAGAUUGGGACACCUGGGACCAGCACGGCAGAGCAGCUUCUUCCUCUAGAAAAGUUAGAGACCGAGGCUCUUACCCCUUUCGACGAACGAUUCGAAAUGGUAAAACUCAUUUCACUCUCAUAUGCUGCGUCUUUGACGGCCUCUCUACAAAUCAGUCCUCCGUCAUCGCCUGGCCGCUCAUUCAGUGGUCCCGUGCUAAACAACAGACCCUCUUCUGCGGAAGAUUUCCAAUUGCCAGAAAAGACUAAAGGACAGAUGAUGUCGGAUUGGAACAAGGACGAGAUCAUUGCCCUUGCUCAGGAGGGAAGUAAGUCGGCCUCGAUCAGCGGGUCAAAAACCGGUACGACCGCAACCCGGCACCGUAAAUAUCUUGCUGUCAAUGGUGAUAUGAAUACUGGAGGUACCAAUAGUCGUAAUCAAUCACCUACUGGUGGGACUCUGACCCAACAGCAUCGCAAGCCAGAUUCAUCUUAUGGACUUCUUGGAGGUCUUUCUGGACUUCAUAAUCUCAGGAAAGCCAGCGUUAAUUCCGGAUCUCCUGCAAGCGAUUCAAGUCGCAACUCGGUCACAAGAGUAGACCAUCUCAAAAAGAUCCUUGCGGGCCAAGCAGACGCUCCUCCAAGAACUAGGGGAGGUACAUACAGCGAUGCAAGUAGUUCGAGUAUGGUCAGCUAUGAUUUUACUGCAUCUGAUGUAUCAUAUAAUCCUGGAACCGGGGAUCAAAACCAGCCUAUGGAGCGAUCGGUCUCCUUGCGCGAACCCAACAGAAAAUCAAGAUCCAAAUCUCGGGAUCGACUUGCUACUGGUGAUCAUCAACGACCAUCUACUUCCCACUUUGCUGCGGCCAGGACAGAUCCCAAUAUCAGUUUGGAUGGACAAGAUUUUGAAUCUGUACCUCCGAUUCCGCCUCUACCCAACACACAUACUGGGGAUAGCAUAUCAGUUCAUGACCAUGCACUCACACAUUCACCGGCCACAAAGCAGCAAAACAAGGUGGGGACGAGAUCAAGAAAGACGAGUUAUGGGAGUGAGAUUUGGGGGGAGGAACCGCCUACGGUAGAUUUAGAAAGCCUGCUUCGAGCGAUCGAUACGACGGCGGAGCAGAAGGGGAAUAUUUCUGUCAACCCCCCUUACUGAACAUAUGUUAAAUACGAUUGCACAUACGUGAUGAUGGGUGGAAUGGGACAUGUACUUGUAUGUUUUAUAGAUUGGAAGCGGGUGGCGCUUUUCGGGAAGGCAUACUUUGCACCGGGUGGGCGUUGAUGGAGCGUUGUACAGUACAUUUUGGAAAAGAUUACAUUAAUUGAUCGGGUUCUGUCUA